GAUUUUCAGUUCAUCGCUGACGGUCCUCCAGUCCGCACGUGUUCUUUUUACGCUCUCCAAAAUCAAAUUGUCUUUUUUUUUUGGUUCUCACGUUUUAUUCUAACAUUUAAAAAAACAAAACAAAACAAAACCUACCGUGUUGUGAUUGUUGAUUGAGCGUGGAAUUAACCUGUAGUGUCAUCACCAAUCUUUUUAUUAUAUAUAAAGACAAUUGGUUGUGCUGGCCAUCACGUUCAUCUGAAACACUUUGAUUGCGACACGCUUGAUUAAACUUGUUGAUUGGACUUGCCCCACCUGUACGUGGUCAUCGUCUACAUAUAGCAGUUAUUACAACUUUUCGUUUCCUUUUGCCCUCAAUCAUCGAAGAUGAUGUCCAUCCGACCGAAGACGGCUCUCUGUGCUACACUUGUUUGCGCGCUGAUGUUUCUCCUUCAAGAUGCCCGUGGAAAUCCUGCCAUUGAGCUGCCUUCAUCCGGAGCUUACACCAUCAUCCCUCAGUUUACCAGCCCUAGUCAAACUGUCAACAUAAAAAUCGGCGAAACUGCCCGCUUACCCUGCGAAGUUCAAAAUCUCGGUACUUUUAUGGUUGUGUGGAAGAAAGAAUCGGUUCUUAUCUCUGCCGGUAACACGAAGGUGAUCCGCGACAAUCGUCUGAACAUAGUAGGAACAUCGCUGGACAUUAACAAAGUUUCAAGCAAAGAUUCGGGCAAUUACACGUGCGAGAUUAACACUGACGUGCCAUCUCACAUCAACAUAGUUCUCAACGUCCUCGAACCGGCCAAAGUGCGUCGAUUUCCCGAAGAAGGUCGCAUACAAGCUCGCAAAGGAGAUCCUGUUACAUUGAGAUGUAUCGGCGAAGGCAAUCCGCCACCUUCCAUCCGAUGGAGCAAACCUGGGUUUUAUUUCCAAAAUGGCGAUGAUAAAUUUCAAGGAUCGGUGCUCAGCUUUCAAGCGGUCGGUCGUCCAGACGUCGGUCUCUAUGAGUGCUCGGCUGACAACGGAGUAAGUGAACCUGCCACGGCAACCAUCGACGUUAAAGUUUUGUAUCCUCCCGAGAUUGAAAUCGAACGAAGCUGGAUUCAUACUGGAGUGCACCAGGAGGCCUAUCUAACUUGCAUCGUCCACGCCGAACCUGGAGCCACCGUUCUUUGGUAUCGUGAGGAGCGAGUCAUCGUUCCAUCUGAUACGCGCAUCCUAGAAUCUUCCAGUAACAAACACACACUGAUCUUGCGCAAUGUGGAGGAAUCGGAUUUCGGACUUUAUUCUUGCACGGCGGAUAACUUGCUUGGAAGAUCUUCUCAGAAUAUUGAACUAUCCGGGCGCCCUAGCAGAGCGAUAUUCAAAAGCGAACCGAUGGGUAACUCGGUCGAUUCAUUCAAUCUAACGUGGAAAAUCGAUAGUUAUGCACCGAUUGAAGAGUACAAACUCAUGUUCAGAAAGUUGUUUUUCAAUGAAACAGACGAUCUGAAUCGCGUCUGGAAAUCGAUGAUCAUCCCGAUGAAUCAAGGCAGUUCCAGUGGACGUCACCAACAUCACAAGCAGUCUUAUAUGUUCCUCCAGCUCGAUCCAGGAUCCAUUUACGAAGCCACAGUGACAGCCAGGAAUCGUUAUGGCACUUCUGAAUCUAGUGAAGCUUUCCAGUUCCACACACUUGGUCUUGAGUCUGUGCCAAAUGCGAAAAACCUGGAAAUCAAAGACGUUGGAGGAAUCGACACUGGACUGACGAACAGUGGCAACAGACAUCUCAACAGCAAAACGAUGGCGGGAUAUCAAUGCUUGAUCUUAGCCUUGCUGGCGGUAUCGGCUACAAAGGCCUUCACGUCCGUUUAAAUUCGCAUUGGAAUUUAUUGGUGUAUUUUAUCCUCUCCCCUAUUUUUUAAACAAACACAAAAAAAAUUAUCUUUUUUUUUUCCUUUUCGUCUCGUCGUGGAAUUGUGUGAAAGUGUGCGUGUCUCACGAGUUUCAGUAAAUCCUCCUUUUUUUUUUCAAAACUUUUCAAAAUAUUUAAAAUGAAUUCCUUCAAAAAUAUGAAUCUACAUAUGAGCCAGCAAGGAAAAGCGCGUAGCAUCAGCUAUCAAUUGAAGUCCUUUUAACAGUAUACAUAUACAAUAAAUGAGUAUAUAUAUACCGUAUAUCUAAAAACUUCUCGGCGUCGUCCAUAUAAAAUGUACUCGAUAUAACUAACUAAUAUACUCUCGUAUCCGAUAUAUAUUUGCAUAGACUGUCUAGCUGUCAUUACGUAUAUAUAUAUAUUAUUUGUCUCAAUAUUCUUCAUUGUUUUUUUGUUUUUCAUUUGUUUUUUUUCAUUUUAUGUUGAUUACGAAAAUGUCAUUCUUUCAAAAACUGUCGUGUAUCUCUUUAUACUAAUAACCCUUCAUCAGUCUUUAUAGCCCUUUUGCUUUUAUCCUCAUGCCUACACACACACACACACACACACAUACACACCGACGAGAAUAAUAUACGAAAAUUGUCCGAGA